AUGAAGUUUGCAGCAGUCUUGAUACUGACUAUCAGCUAUUUCUCUGGGAUCUGUGAAGCAUACCAUGAGGACAAGCAUGACCUCAAGAAACUACAUUACCUCCUGGAACCGCUGGUUUGCGAUGAAGUUACAGCUCGUCGAGGAGAAAACGUCACCUUGCCAUGUGUUUUACGGACCAAACCUUCCCACUUCAAAGUGAAAUGGACAAAACUGGAGCCCACUCCCCGAGGAGUGGAAAACAUCAUUUUAAUAACGAAUGGUCAUGCACAAAAACAAUAUGGAGUCUUGGGACCCAGAGCUCACCUCAGGCAAAAACACGAAUUGGAUGUUUCGCUUCGUCUCACCGAUCUCGAGCUGGAAGAUGACGGCAGGUAUCGCUGUGAGCUAAUCAAUGGAAUUGAUGACGAAAGCGUUGAGAUCACCUUGAGGAUUGAGGGGGUGGUGUUUCCUUACCAGAGUAAACAUGGCAGGUACAAAUUAACCCAUGCAGAGGCUAAACAGGCUUGCGCUGAGCAGGAUGCUACGCUAGCAACAUACAGACAGCUUUACAGAGCCUGGACAGAAGGUCUGGACUGGUGUAAUGCAGGAUGGCUGAUUGAUGGAACGGUGCAUUACCCCAUCCUGAAACCUCGGGCCGUCUGCGGAGGGGACCUUGAACCAGGCAUCCGCAGCUAUGGUCCAAAGCAUAGGACCAAAGACCACUUCGAUGCCUUCUGCUUCACCUCAGCCACCACAGGUUCAGUGUUCUUUAUUGAUAGGCAUCUAAAUUUCGCUGAGGCGGUACAGGCCUGUAAGGAGGAAGGGGCCAGCCUUGCCCGUGUUGGGCAGCUCUACUCUGCGUGGCAUUUUCAGCGUCUGGAUCGCUGUGAUGGUGGUUGGCUCCAGGAUGGCAGCGUGCGCUUCCCCAUCACCAGCCCUAGGAAGAAUUGUGGAGGUCUGACAGAGCCGAGUGUCCGCAGCUUUGGCUACCCCAACAAGCACCAUCGACUGUAUGGAGCGUACUGCUACAGGUAG